GGGCCCUGAGAGAAUGUAAGGGACCCCUGAGACUGAGGGAGAAGCGGCCUUCAGGGCCACACUCCUGAUCCUGAAGUUGGAGGGCACCGAGUGGCCGGGCCUGAGAAUUAAAACCAUGAAAAACUGGGGCAUGAUAAACCUGUGAACUCGCUCCAGCUCACAAGCCGGUUAGGGAAAGAACGACUUCAGAAGUCUUGGUCAUAUACACCAUAAACCCCACUGUGAGGCCGGGCGUCGGGGCUCACGCCUGGAAUCCCAGCACUUUGGGGGUACUAGGCGGGCAGAUCACCUGAGGUCAGGAGUUCGAGACCAGCCUGACCAACAUGGUGAAACGUCAUCUCUACUAAAAAUACAAAAAAUUCACUGAGUGUGGUGGUGGGCACCUGUAAUCCCAGCUACUCGGGAGGCUGAGGCAGGAGAAUUACUUGAGCCCGGGAGGCAGAGGCAGUGAGCCGAGACUGCGCCACUGCACUCCAGCCUGGGCGACAGUGCAAGACUCCGUCUCAAAAAAAAAAAAAAAAAUGCAGAUUAAAACACCCCAUCCUGAAGUCAGUACUUGCCAGGACCUAGAUUUGAUCUCAUGUGUUCUGGCUGAAAAGUUAACUGCCUUCUCUCCCUCAAAUUCACAGAUCCAGACCAGCUCCUCCCAAACCUCUCCAGAGGAAACCAUGGGAACCCCCCAUAUCCAGCAUUUGCUGAUCCUCCUGGUCCUAGGAACCUCCCUCCUGACCUCGGGCCUAGAGCUGUAUUGUCAAAAGGGUCUAUCCAUGACUGUGGAAGCGGAUCCAGCCAAUAUGUUUAACUGGACCACAGAGGAAGUUGAGACUUGUGACAAAGGGGCACUUUGCCAGGAAACCAUACUAAUAAUUAAAGCAGGGACUGAGACAGCCAUUUUGGCCACGAAGGGCUGCAUCCCAGAAGGGGAGGAGGCCAUAACAAUUGUCCAGCACUAUUCGCCCCCCGGCCUGAUGGUGACCUACAGUAACUACUGUGAGGAUUCCUUCUGUAAUGACAAAGACAGCCUGUCUCAGUUUUGGGAGUUCAGUGAGACCACAGCUUCCACCGUGUCAACAACCCUCCACUACCCAACCUGUGUGGCUUUGGGGACCUGUUUCAGUGUUCCUUCUCUUCCCUGUCCCAAUGGUACAACUCGAUGCUAUCAAGGAAAACUUGAGAUCACUGGAGGUGGCAUUGAGUCAUCUGUGGAGGUCAAAGGCUGUACAGCCACGAUUGGCUGCAGGCUGAUGUCUGGAAUCUUAGCAGUAGGACCCAUGUUUGUGAGGGAAGUUUGCCCACAUCAGCUGCUCACUCAAUCUCGAAAGACUGAAAAUGGGGCCACCUGUCUUCCCAUUCCUGUUUGGGGGUUACAGCUACUGCUGCCAUUGCUGUUGCCAUCAUUUAUUCACUUUUCCUAAGAAGGCACUUCUGGGCCUGGGUCUGAGGACAUCUUUUUUGACUGGGAGCCUUCUUACUGUUGAGGUUCAACAAGUUGAGGAGUAGGUGGGAAUUUGAGGGAGAACAGAGAGAUACUGUGAAUGUAUUUGACAUUUUUAAUACAAUUUCUGCUGUAAUUUUUGUAUGCAGUAGGCGUUACUAAUAAACAUUUCUGCUGCAA